AUGCUCACCAGUCCUCUGAGUGAUGCAAUUAGCGUCUACUCUGAACGUCUUGAACAACUUCGACUAGCCGCUCUCGUAGAAUGUGAGCGGCUCGGCUUCCCAAAGAUUGAGUCGGGCAAAGAAAUGGCGCAAAAUCUGUUGCCCGACCAAGUAUACGCCAGUCGGAUGCGCAGCGUCAGCAUCACAUGCUCUCCGAGUUUCACUCAAAGACAAAAACCGCAUCCUGACGAUGCGAACGAGGCGCUUUUGUGUAUUCAACCUUGCAAAAAGUCCCGUUUGGUAACCACCACGGCCACAAUCAUCGCAGAAAUAGACCACAAAGACCCUUUUCAAGUGGAUUUUGGUCCUGAAGUUGGCCCAUCUGCUCGAUCUGCGUCAGAGUUUGGCGGCAUUGAGGAUCGGCUAUCUGCCACCUCUUCACUUUCCACUGUGGCUUUGGAGCAUCGAGGUGCUGCCGAAUUUUUGUCUCGAUCCGGAUUUGGCUGUUCUUUCUACUCGCAGGCUGAAGCCGAUGCACACUGGGACGCUCAGGCGUCUGGCAUGGUUAGUGAAGACGACACGGACGAGGCCCAAGAAAAUCAGAGCAUGAUGGAUUGGGACCGAGUUGGAAGGCGUGAAUUGGGCGAACUGAUGCGGUCACGCGAAAACGGCCGAAUAAUGGCGUCAUCUUUGACUCCAGCCUCAUUUUCUAGCUUUCGAGAUCAGGAGACGCUGAGACCGAUAGGAGUGGUAUUUGUCGGUCUUUCCAGUCCCGAGGAGGCGAUACGGUAUGCUAAAAACAUUAAAAUCUAA